GCCCAUUGGCAGAAGGCAGAGUAGAUGUAUGAGAAACAGUAAAUGGAGAGGGAGGUGCCAAGGGACCAGAGGUCUGGCAGGACUUCAGAGGGAAUGAGAUAAGGGGAGAUUUUCAGCAGGUUUGGUGGGUGACCAUAGAUUUUUUCUUUCCCAUAGAGACAGGAUUCUGAAUGUGAAAGCUGAAGUCCAGCAAAGAGAAUGGGAGGAGCUAUGAAUAUAUUAGGGACUGAAGUAAGAGAGGAAAAGUGAUCCCUUUUCAGAGCAUGGUGUUUCAAGAAUUGUGUUUCACAUUAUGGAUUGAAGAAACUCCUGAACUUAUUGGGGAGAAGGGGGGGAAAUUGCCUUGUCUUUUCAUUGGAUUUUGCCAGUAGCUUGACCACAGGAGAUAAUCUACAGCAGUGUAAAUGAGUCAGAAUGGAUCAGGAAGGUGGGGGUGACUUCCAGAAAACCCCUAACGUCCAGUGGAGAAACUACAAACUCAUUGUUGAUCCAGUGCUAACGCGUGCCCCGCACAAGAUCUACCGCUAUGACGGAGUGCAUUUCAGCACCAAUGAUUCGGGUCAUGUCCCUCUGCGUGAUGUGCAGGAUCCCAGACACAGGAUAUGGCCCAAAAACAGAGACCUUUCCCUUCCUGUCCCAAAGUUUAAGCUGGAUGAGUUCUAUGUGGGCCAGAUCCCUCUGAAGGAGGUGACCUUUGCCCGCCUCAAUGACAACAUCAAGGAACCCUUCCUGGCUGAGAUGUGCAAAAAGUAUGGAGACAUUGAGGAGAUUGAGAUCCUGUACAAUCCAAAGAACCGCAAGCACCUGGGUCUUGCCAAGGUGCUUUUUACCAGCACAAGAGGGGCGAAGGAAACAGUAAAGAAUCUGCACAAUACUACAGUCAUGGGCAACAUCAUUCAUGCCCAGCUUGACAUCAAAGGUCAGCAGCGAAUGAAAUAUUAUGAGCUGAUUGUGAAUGGUUCUUAUACACCUCAGACCGUUCCCACUGGGGGCAAAACACCGAAUGAGAAAUUCCCAGCAGAUUCAUCAGAUUCCCGAAGACGCCACUCAACCGAUUCCUCCUACUCUAGCAGUGUGAUGCCUUCAACACCUGGCAAUGGUACACCUUGCUCUCAGGACACUCCCUAUUCAAGCGGUCGGCAGGACACACCUUCUUCUUAUGGCCAGUACACACCACAGUCAUCCCAGGGAACUCCAUAUACCCCUCGGGGAGGAACACCAUAUUCCCAAGAUUCUGCCUAUUCUAGCAGGCAAGGGACUCCAGGCUACUCUACUUACCAGCCAGAAUCAACAUCAUACAAAUCCCGUCGGCAUGAGAACAGCUUUUCAGACUCUUACUCUCGUCGGCAUUAUUCUUCUUCGUCUUCAUCGUCCUCAACCUCCUCCUCCUCCUCCUCUCACUAUCGCAGCAAUGACCAUCACUACCCUCCCUACAGUCAGCAGUUUGAUGGUGGCAGCAGCAGCAGCAUCAGCGCUGCCACAGCCAGCAGUAGUCGGUACCAGCGUCUCUCAUCCACCUCAGAAGGGCGCCCUUCCUCCUUCUCCUCCUCAGCUCAUCGUUCCCAUCAAAGAGAGGACUCCAGUUUCCAUUCCCGACACCGGGAGCGCUCCCAGCGGGAUGAUACGGCACCUUCCUCCACAGCUGCUUCUGUCGCUGCUUCUGCCACCGCCACCGCCACCUCCUCCUCUUCCUCAUCUGUGACAACAGCUUCAGAUGGUGCUCAGUACCAGAACAGUCACAGUUUUGUUCAGCAGAGUGCGGAGCAUUUCCCAGCACCCAGUGUGCUCUACCCGUCUUACGCAGCCACUCCAGAGCCCUUCUCUGUUCCCCCUGAACCCCACACUGUGGACCAGGACUAUCGGCUGCUCCCCACAGCUGAGACUUUUGCUGCAAAUUCCCUGCCUCCCACAGAAUUUCUUGCUCAGGAAACGAAAGAGAACAUCAGCCCAGCAGUUACAUCGGCACUAGGGGUUGAUGACCAAUCCCAGUCUCCUGCGACCCAGACCUCACCAGCCCGAUCUGGCUCCCCUGCACCAGAAACAACCAAUGAGAGUGUCCCUUUUGCUCAGCACAGCAGCUUGGACUCCCGUAUUGAGAUGCUGUUGAAGGAGCAGAGGUCAAAAUUCUCUUUCCUCAAUUCUGACACUGAAGAGGAAGAGGAAGAGAAGGGGGGGCCCAAGGGGACGGAACCACAUGGGCCCUGCACUCCACCACCUCCCCUUCCAGUCAGCUUUGAAGAUGUCGUGCCAGUAUUGGACAUGGGAUCUGGAGCAGAAUCCCCCAAAGCCAAUGGGCAAGAUAGAGCAUCUCAGCAGUCAUCGGGAGAAGACAUGGAAAUCUCCGAAGAUGAAGCAGAGGUCGAACCCCCAACCCCUGUGACAGGGCUGUCUGAACCCCAUUUCUCUGUCAUGCCAACAGCUCUGGGCCACAUGAACCUGGGUGUUUCCUCAUUUACUCCCCACCACCGACCAGAACCUCCCCCGUCCUACCCCAUACAGCCUCUUAUGUCGGUCUCCCUCCCACACAUGGCGGGUAAGACCCACUCACUCUCCAGCUACGGUCAGGUUGGCCCACGGCACACACACCGCCUGUCAGACUUCAGAGGACGGUCGAGCAUGGUGGGCGGAGGCCGAGGGGCUCCCCACAUCUAUGACUUUGUCAACUCCAUGGAGCUGAUGAACCGGCUGGGCAACCAGUGGGGUGGGAUGCCCAUGUCUUUCCAAAUGCAGACCCAGAUGUUGAGCCGCCUGCAGCAGUUGCGUCAGAACAAAGGCCAGUUUGAGGACCCCUUCUCCUACCACCGGGAUGCAGCCUCUUUCUGUGGCCGGCCCCUCUAUGGCCAUGGCUACCUCCUGGACCAGAGCAGCCGCCACUUCCAGCGAGACCAGCUGUUCAUGCAGCAGCCGUCAGUCGUGGGGACUUCCGAGCAGCAGCAGCAACCGCAGCAGCAACAGCAGCAGCCGCAGCAGCAUUCCUCAGAACAGCCCCCGCUGCCACCUCCGCAGCGCCUCCUUGAUUUCCGGGCAGCCCCAUGGGGAUACCAGGAGGAAGUGACCACACCCCCACCACUCCCCAAAGACCCCCACGCCUCUGUUGUGGAUAGUGUCCUAGAAACACUUAUGCAAGAGAUGAAGAGCAUCAUGCAGCGCGACCUCAACCGCAAGAUGGUGGAAAAUGUGGCAUUCAGCACCUUUGACAAGUGGUGGGAGCGCAAGGAGGAGAAGGCCAAGCCUUUCCAGAGUACUGUUAAGCAGCCAGUCAAGGAAGAGGAGAAGGACAAAACCAAACUGAAAGACCCUGCUCUGCUUUCCUUGGUUGACUGGGCCAAGAGCGGUGGCACCGGUGGCCUGGAAGGGUUUGGCUUUGGGACUGGCUUUCGAGGAGUUCUCCGUCUCCCGUCCUUCAAGGUGAAAAGGAAAGAGCCAUCUGAAAUUUCAGAGGGCAGUGAUGUGAAGCAGCCACGACCUUCUACUCCUGUUGAAGAGGAUGAGGAGGAUAAGGAGUCCUCACAGAUAACCAAAGCCUCCAAGAGGGAAGAUGAGCGGAUCAAAGGUCCAGGAAAACGGCGGAAACUAUUCUGCCUGGACAGUGAAGGGGAGGAGGCAUCUGAAGACUCAUCCUCUGAGAAGGAGGAAGAGGAAGAGCAGCGGAGGGAGGAAGUCAAAAAAGGUGCCAGGGGACGCAGUUCAAAGAAUGCGGAAUCUGAAGAUGAAGGUGCAAGUGAUGCUUCUUCCAAGUAUUCUCUGUAUGGAGAGUCUGAUGAGGACAGUGACAGUACUUCUGAUUCGGAGAGCAGUUCUUCCUCCUCCUCCUCCUCCUCUUCCUCCUCUUCCUCUUCCUCCUCCUCUUUGUCAUCAUCCUCAUCCUCUGAUGAGGAGGACGAGGAGGAAGCUGAGAGCAUGGAGGAAACGGAUGAAUCUGCCAUGGACAGCUGCUCCGUGGAGCCACUGAGAGGCACAGAAGAGAGAGCAAGACAAACAACAGACGCUGAACACGUCAAGAAGAAACCAGAAGCUGCUGUGCGCCAAGGCCAUGGGAUAGAGGGGAAGCCUGCCCCUCAGAUGGAUACUGUACAAGCACCAGCAGAGAAGGAUGUGGGAAAAGUGCCAGAAGAACGACCCAGGCCUGAAGGGCGUCCUUCCUCACCCAUCCCACUGCUACCGCCUCCCAAAAAACGCCGGAAAACUGUUUCCUUCUCAGCCCGUGGUGAGGAUGAAGAGAUGAAGGGGGCCUUGGAGAAGCCACUGGAAUUGGCACCUUCGGCGCUCCUGCCUCCCCCACCGCCUCCCCCUCCCCCGCCCCCCACAGAGGAAGCACAACCUCCAGUAGCGCCUGUGGAACCCCUGCUACCAUCCCAAGUGUCCUUAGCCCCCGAUGCCCCGACCCCAGCGGCCUGUCCGCUGCCUCCCACCGUGUCCCCUGUCAAGCCAGUGAGUGCUGCUAGCCGCAGGCGGGAGCCUGCCAAAGCCAGCCAAAGAACAAUCAGCAACCUGCCGGCGGACCACGCGUCCCUGGUGAAGUGUUGGUCAGAUGAGCUGCUGGUGCCUGGCCGCUCCCGGAGCCGCUCCCGCUCCCGCAGCUCAGAGCCCCCGCGGGCGCCCCCGCCCCCAGAAGAGGACACGCUGCGCACCCGUGAACGCAUGGGGGCCUCCUCUCUGCUGGAGCUGGCCAGUCAACCCGACCUGGCCGUGCUGGCGGAUGUGGCCCUCAAGAUGCCUGUUGGGGCAGGCAGUGAAGAUUCUGAGGAGACUGAGACUUCAGACGAGGCUGAGGAGCCCAAGGCCCUGCCCGCCCCUCCCGCGCUGGCCCUCGGGGACAGCAGCAUCCUGAUGGAGCAUAACUACGCCAUGGCCGUCCGCGCGGCGCCGGUGACCGCUCCCCGCAAGCCAGACGAGGCGGUGCUGCCCAGCUCCGCUGACCUGCUGCGGGUGGACUUGUACAGUGAGCACAUUGGCGAGGUGCUGGAGGCUCCCGAGGAGGUGGUGGCAGAUGCCAGCGAGGUCAAGGCGGAGCCCGACGUGGGCGACCUUGUGGCACUGCCCCCUCCGCUUCCUCUGCCUGCUGAGAAACCCAAGGCUGUGGUCCCAGAGCAGCAGCCGGCCAAAAAGCACCCCCACUGGCUCAAGGAGGAGGCGAUAAAGGACCCAGGACUGUUACCCUUUGGGCCUGAGGAUCUGUUUCCUUCGGAGAGCGAGGAGGAGGAGGACGAGGACGAGGAUGAGGAAGAGAGCGCUGACAGCAGCGAUGAAGGGGAGAUUCGCAGGAGAUCCUUGCGCUCCCACUCGCACAAGCACAUCCCGAGCCAGCCACCCCCUCCACCCCCGGUCUUUGAGACGCGCAGUGAGUUUGAGCAGAUGACAAUCUUGUAUGACAUCUGGAACUCGGGGCUAGACUUGGAGGACAUGAAGUACUUGCGGCUAACUUACGAGCGCCUGCUACAUGAGGACAACAGCACAGACUGGCUGAAUGACACUCACUGGGUCCACCACACCAUCACAAACAUUGCAAACCCCAAGCGGAAGCGAAAGUCGUCUGACCUGCGGGAGCAUCAAACAGGUUGUGCCCGCAGUGAAGGCUAUUAUCACAUCAGCAAGAAGGAAAAGGACAAGUACCUUGAUGUGUGCCCAGCCACUGUGCAGCAGCUGGAUGCUGUCGAUACGCAGGGCACCAAUCGCAUUUUGUCAGAACGGCGAUCAGAACAAAGACGUUUGCUGAGCGCCAUUGGAUCUUCUGCCAUUCUCGAUAGUGAUCUUCUAAAACUUAACCAGCUUAAGUUUCGGAAGAAGAAGCUACGAUUUGGCCGGAGUCGAAUUCACGAGUGGGGCCUCUUUGCCAUGGAGCCAAUUGCUGCUGAUGAGAUGGUCAUUGAAUAUGUGGGUCAGAACAUCCGGCAGGUGGUAGCUGACAUGCGUGAGAAGCGGUAUGCCCAAGAGGGCAUUGGGAGCAGCUAUCUUUUCCGUGUGGACCAUGACACAAUCAUCGAUGCCACCAAAUGUGGCAACCUGGCCCGCUUCAUCAACCAUUGCUGCACGCCCAAUUGCUAUGCCAAAGUCAUCACCAUAGAAUCCCAGAAGAAGAUAGUCAUCUACUCCAAGCAGCCCAUCAGCAUCAAUGAAGAGAUCACAUAUGACUACAAGUUCCCGAUUGAGGAGAACAAGAUUCCCUGCCUUUGUGGGACAGAGAAUUGCCGGGGCACUCUGAACUGAGACAUAACCAUGGCAUUCGUAUUUAUUUUGUUUUCCCCACCCGGAACUCCAUGGAGACAUGCUGGGAAAAUUCUCAGUUACCUUAAGACCCAUCCAGAUAACUUAACGUUCCUAGCCAAUGAGAAAGCACUUCCCUUUCUUCUGAUUCUAAUCAAUGAGAAACUUCUCUUUCUUCUUUCCAACCCUAACUUUUCUAUGGGAAAAUCAGUUAACAAAACGUGUAGAUUAUGACCCUUUACUCUGAAGGUAAAUGCCCAUCCUUCAUCAGAUUUGGGGAACCCAUGGAUCAGUUGCUAAUUUUAUAAGACCAACUGGCUUCACUUCUCAGCUCAGAGAGCAUCUAGCUCUGGGGCCGGAGGGGGGGGGGGGGCGGUCUUUUUAAAUAUCUGCUUCAGUUUAUGGCUUUCCAGCACAAUCAUUAAUUAGCAAAACCUUGAGAAAGGCAAUUUUUAACCAGGAUUUCUUGUGAAAUAUUUCAAAGCAUAAUUCUUGGAUGCUGGUAGCAAUCAGAGCAAAAAGCUGCCCAACUCUUGAAAUGUAGGAGUAGUUGAUCAUUUUGUCCUCCCACCUGAUUUCCAAAGCGGAGAGGUGUGAGAGAGAGGAAGUGAUUCUGGACUAAGUACCUUUUUCCCAGAGGACAUUGAUCUGUCUCUGAAGGACCCGCUGAAACAUGCUUUGGAUGCGCUGGGUUUGCUGCCCUGCAGAAUUAGAGUGUGAGCUAGUUUGCCUGUGAGGGCAGUCCAUCUGAACACCAAAACUGACAGGUUGUCCUGCAUGAGCCACCACGCAACCCGUAACAUGCCUGUUGCUUCUGCUUUACCACACAACCCCCACUAUCAGCUCAUUCAUAGGUUGUGCAGCAUGACAUGCAAACCCAGACUGCUGGGCUGUUUAGGGACUAAACAAUCCAGCGGAUCGUUUCGGCAUCACACGUCCCAACCUACAAGGGAGUUGAUCAUGGAUUGUGUGGUAAACUGGAAAAGGCAGGGCCCACUCAUGCAUAGGAGCCCACAUUUUCUUAAAUGUAUUGUGCUUCAUGUGAGCAGGUCCUAUAUUUGUUGUCAUGAAAACCCCCUGCUUUAAGGAUACCUCUUCCAGUAGAAUCACCAUUUCAUUUAUUCUUUCAAGUACUUCAGACCAUAAACAGAGAUCCUGAAACCAGAUUGAUUUUGUUCUUCAUACUGCAAUCUCCCUAUCCUUUUCUUUCCUGCCUCUUUUUCUGUCCUGGAACAUGUAGCAAGAAGUGGGCCGGAAGAAACAUUCUACCAUAAUAAUGAAAAGGGUUCGCAUUUCUCUCCUUGCUACAGUUAACAGCUUCAGCCAAGCUGACUUGUAGCAUAAGCAAAGACCUUUCCACAACACCCACCCCUAAUGAUUUUUCUUUAGGAGAAGAAAGUUGUGUAUAUAUCUAUUCCAGAUGGAUUGGCUGUUUCUUGUAGAAACACAUGCGUUUAUUGAUAUGUAAAUAUUUUAUUAUUUUUGUUUUCCACUUCAUACUAAAAAGAAAAUUGUAAAUAAUGUUGCAAUGUAUUCCUUCUCCUGUUUUUAUCUCCACUUGCACUGUGCCACCCUUUUCUUUUGAUGCAAAGUGGGACUUUUUUUUCUCCUGGGGAAAAAGCAUAAUAACCCUUUGGGUUAUACAUUGGAGGGGUCAAAAAGUGUCUGUCUUAAAUCCAAAUGGGAGUCAGUUCUGAAAGGUGGAAGAUGUUAAAACUAGGCAUAUAGAAAUAUUUUAGCAGGGUUUUUUUACUUGUUUACUGUUUGUAUUUUGUUUGCUGUUCUUUUAUGUUUAGUAGUACUCAGUGUGUUGAUUCCAUUUUCUUCAAUGAGUGUUUCCCUCAGUGUACUGCCCAGAACUGUGAAGACUCUUGGCUGAAUCUCCAUUCCUUUCAGGAGAAACAACACACAACAUCUGCAAACAGAAAAUUUUGAAACUGUUUGAAUAAUGGGAAUAUGAGAUGGUUCUUUCAGGGAAAGAUCAGCUAAGUAGCUAAGCUUUUCUGCUGUUGCUGCUCAUUUGUGUUUCAACCUUUCCCCAGACAGACCAGCCACUCAAAUGGAUAAUUCAUUUCCAUCUGUUAGGAGUAAACAGGUGUUAGUUAGACAGAUAGAAUGAGAAAUGGAUCCUCUGUGAGAAGGUGCCUUCUAUUGACCAUUCUGGCAUUUGGUGUGAAUAUGAGAAGUGGCCAGGCAAGCGCUGUGUUCCAGGGGGCAGAGCUGCAUAUUAACAUCAGCAAACACAGUUUGCCAACAUGGGAGAAAAGCAGUUGGGAGGAGGAUGUACUUAUGUUUCUCCCACCUGCUGCUUCCUUUCCACAAUCCAGUGCCCAUCUCCCCUCUACCUUCACCAGCUGGGAUCUGGGAGUAGAGAUUAAACCAGUCCAGGUAAAGGGGUUACAGAAAGAAGGCAUGUUGAGUGAAGGGCUAGCACCCUUCCCCCACCAUUUCUCCCCUACAAAUGCCCUGUCCUCACCUCCCCGAUAGUUUGUAAACAGAAUAAGGAACCUGUUGAUUGAUGUAGUUGGCACAUAGUUCCAACCUAAGCUUGUUCUAGUGUUUUGAAGGCAUGUCAUGGUGAGAAUUUGAUCAGGGCAUAGGAACCAGAUCUAGCAUUACUUUUUUCAGAAGUGAAAUAUUUGUAACAGGCUCUCACAAACAGGCUUUGUCUUCACAGAACUCUACAGGUUCUUUCCAUUUUACCACUCUUGAAAGAGGAAGUUUUGAUAGCCUUUCUUAGCAACCCACAUGGUGAAUUAGCAAGGCUGAUCGUUUGAGAAAGGAAAAUGGAAAGGCAGGGCAAGGUGACACUAGUUUGUAUGCUGUUGUGUAACUACAAGGGGAAAAAAUGAAAUGCAUGCAUACUCUUAAUUUUUCUGUCUGUGGGCAUGUGCAUUUCUUCUUACUGGUUUGGGUCUUGGAUUUUUUUCAAACUUUAAGUUGCAGUCUUACGGCCUCCAGACAGUUUUAGAUGGCCAUUGAAGUAUUUGGUGCUGCAGCUCUUAUCUCAGAAAUUUGCUCCAAGGUUGCAGGGGAUGGAGGUUUCUGGGUAGGGAGUGGGGGGAGGAAACGGACUCCCAGCAAAAUUUUGGCAGCACCUCAGAAUCCUUUCCUUGCAUUCCAGGACAGAACACAUGAAUGGUGGCAAUUGGCCAGCUAAGUGUUUUAAGGUGGGAGAAGUGCAGAGGUGACCUUCACUUCCACACUCUUCCCACCUGCGGUGGGAUGGGAUGUCCAUAAUCCUCUUGAAUUUGUAGGGUUACAGGCAGCCUCAUUGCAUUGUGCUGCCUGUUAUUUUCCAAAUUGAGCCUUUUCCUAAUUUUAGGUUAGCUUCACUCAGUAGCAAACGUGCUUCUGGCAGUUAAGAAAUCAGGCAGCGAGAUGUGGUUGUAUGCACAUUCCUCAGGACUUUCUUUGAAAAACGAACAGCCAAAAUGUUUGUUUCCAUAAGGGUUCCUGUUUCAGCGACUCCAGUCCUUUAAGAUAGUUACCAUCUGAAACUAGAACCUUCCACAUCUCACUGAGUUCAGUGGCCACUUACACAGAAUAAGCCAUUUAGCUAGCCUUUCUCAGUUUAACUGGUUGCCGAUAUGUAACGUUGCUACAUUAAUUGCCAACAAGCCUGUCUUUAAGCACAAUGCAUUUGCAUGGGAAGAGAGAAGAAAUUCAGUUAUGUAAUUUCUCUGAAUUGUGUCAGGUGGCCAGCUUUUGAAAAGCUGACUAAGUCUCAGCAUUCUGGCAUGACACAUCAAGCUUCUGGUUUUGUUGGUUGCAAAUCUUUGCUGCUAAAAGCAUGUAUGACUUGACAUGUCUAGAAACACUGCUCUAAACUCCUUGACAUUUAAGAGGAAGUAAGGGCUGCUUUUAGAAAACACCUCCCCUCGAUUUAGGCUUGCUGGUAUGAAUCACUAAGGAAAUACAAGGAUUAGAACUAUGUGCUCUUUUUGUGCUUUGCCUCAUUGAAUUAGUGUUGCUGUGUCCUUAUUUUCAAGCAGAUGAAGCCCUCCUAUGUUCCCAAAUUGUGCAGGAGAGAUUCUUGGUCCUGCUCAUGUGUUCUGUUUCCUGGCAUACACUAAUGUGCCUUUUCCAGGUGUGAAUGAAAAUCAGUUACUAACUGGCAAACUGCUUACUUGGAUUUAUCAUGUAGCACCAAACUGUUCAUUUUGUCAAGAGUCCUCCAUUCCCCAGUGUUUAAAUAUAUGUGUAAUUCUUUAUAAGAUGCAGGAUUUUUUUUUUCAUUUCAUUUUCCUUCCCUUUUCAUCCUAAUUUGUAGAGCUUUGGUUGCUGCAGCAUUUCUCCCCAUUCCUUGCCAAAACUAGAAAGAAGGGAAACCAUGUUAGCCAGGCAGAUCUAUGCAGUUUCUGCAACUGUUAAGUCCUUCAGCCCAGUCUGACAGAAUAGAUGAGCAG